GAGGAGUAUCAAUGGAGAAACCCUCCUUCUACCGCACCAAGAACAAGAGCAUUAAAAAAAGGAAUAAGGUGACUGAAACUAAUAAGGAUCCAAAUCAGGAGGACAUGUUGAAAUACAAAGAGGUGGCUUCACAAGAGAAGGAGAAUGAAGAGGUAUCUAGAGGAAUUCUUGUGCUGAUUAAGGCUGAUGUCUUUCAUUGUCCUAUCUGUUGCCAUGCUUUGGAUCCUCCAAUCCAUCAGUGUCAAAAUGGUCAUGUGAUGUGCUCUAAAUGCUGUGUCAAUCUUAAUGGCAAAUGUCCAUCAUGUUCUGAAAUCAUUGGUCUUAUACGAUGUUUGACAUUAGAAAAAAUCAUUGAAUCAAUGGAAAUAAGUUGCUCAAAUGCCGGAUGUGAUGCAAUUGUGUCCUACUUAGACAGAGCAUCCCACCAGAAGUCAUGCAUUUAUGCACAAUGCUUUUGCCCUCUUUGUUCAUUUCAAGGUUGCAUGUCAAGUCUUUCUCAGCAUGUUGCAGACAACCAUAAAAAAUCUGCAGUUCAAUUAUUCAGUUAUGAAUCCUGCUUUGAUGUUCGUGUUACUGAUCAUGAACUUAACAUUCUUAUCGCUCCCGAUAAUCGUCUGUUUCUCUUGCUAAUUAAAGAUGUAGCUGAAGGGGUUGCAUUCUCAGUUAUUGGUAUCUGUCCUGCAGCUGAAGAUUAUAAGUUUACAUAUAAACUUUCAGUUUAUAACCAUCCAAAUUAUAUUGAGUUGAGAUCAUCUGGAUCAAUGACUUGUGAAUGGAAGGGUGUUCAUCCCAAAACUUUUCUCCUUGUUCCUGCUGAUGCAUUUCCUUGUCACAAGUUACAAGUAUGUGUGACCAUAACGAAAAAGAAUAUGCGGCCAUGAUCUGUUGAUGGGACUCAGUCUUCAGCUGAAAUGUAGUAUCUGUUUUUGAUUUCUGUUUUUAUAAUG